AGAUGAGCAGGUCUGCGGGACCGUAGCAUCCGCCGGGAGUUUGCAAAGAGGUGGCACCAAACUUUGCAGAACCGGGUGCAGGGACGGACAGACGGACGGACAGCGGGGCUGCAGGGACGGCCAAACAUUGAGCGGCAGCUGUAGAGCGUCCCGUCCCCUCUGCUCCCAGCCAUGUCCCUGGUGGGGAAGGAGAAGAGCCACGUGCGCUUGGUCUUCUUGGGUGCCGCCGGCGUGGGCAAGACGGCGCUGAUCCGCCGCUUCCUGCUGGACACCUUCGAGCCCAAGCACCGGCGCACGGUGGAGGAGCUGCACAGCAAGGAGUACGAGGUGAGCGGGGCCACCGUGACGCUGGAGAUCCUGGACACCAGCGGCAGUUACUCCUUCCCGGCCAUGCGGAAGCUCUCCAUCCAGAACAGCGACGCCUUCGCUUUGGUCUACGCCGUCGACGAUGCCGAAUCCUUCGAGAGCGUCAAGAGUCUGCGGGAGGAGAUCCUGGAGGUGAAGGAGGACAAGUUCCCUCCCAUCGUGGUGGUGGGCAACAAGGCGGAGAGCGGCGGCGAGCGGCAGGUGCCGGCGGAGGACGCGCUGUCGCUGGUGGAGCUGGACUGGAACAGCCGCUUCGUGGAGACGUCAGCCAAGGACAACGAGAACGUGCUGGAGGUCUUCAGGGAGCUGCUGCAGCAAGCCCGGCUGCCCGGGCGGCUCGGCCCCGCGCUCUGCAGGAGGAGGGAGACCUUCCCCAGCGAGCACGCGCUGCGGCCCCCCAUGAACAAAACCAACAGCUGCUCCGUGUGCUGAGCCCGGCGGGAUGCAGGUGGGCUGCCGGCCAGGACCCCGCUCCUCCCCACCCUUCCCUCCUCAUCCAGCGCUGCGGGGUCAGGGAGGCGGAUGGGCUGGUGCCGCUUUGGUUUGGUUGGGAAGGCGUGGGGAGAGGGCAGGAUCCCAAAAAGAGGGGUGCCCACCUGGGACGCAGCGGGCACUCGGGCUGCACCCGUGCUUGCAGGAAGGGGGCAGGCAGUGGGAUGUGGGCUGCACGCAGCUGAAAGCAUCGCUAUGGGCACGGUGCACUGUGCCACCACCACCCCCUGGGUCCCCUCUGGGUCCUGUGCCCUCUGCACCUCUACGCUCGCACGUGCCAUGUCCUGGUGCAGCCACAGUUGUGAGUGCCCGAGGUAGUCAUGAGUGUGUGUUUGGAUAGGCACGUAGAGCAUGCGAUAGGGCAGCCUGUGCAUCUCUUUAGUUUUCUAUUUCUGUUUGUUUCGUGGUUUGUUUUUUUUUUUUCUUUUUUAAGCAUACCCAAUAAACACGGUGUUGCAAAGCGGA